UUGAUUUCGGAAGAAAAUUCAAUAGAAAAUCGAAGGAAGAAAUAAAAAAAAACACGCGGCUGCUUUGUAAUAAAUUCAUCUUAUUACAAACGAAGACUAAUUAAUUUAGAUGCAAGUUACCCUGGGCAUAGGGGAUAUACACGGGGGAAUGAUGCUCGAAAUACUUUAUCUGGGCAAUGGGCAUAGUGCCCGUAAGAGAGUUCUGUCUAGACGAUGCAUGCGUAUUAUAUGAGACUUCGACGAGUUAGUUUGCGUCCAUUGUGCGCCUUUCUAUUGUCAAAUCGAUCACACGUUAUUUACGUCAUAUCAUUUGAAAUAGAAUCGGAUAAUUGUUUUUCUUUUUAAUAAUAAUGGAUUCAUAUACAUCAUAAAUAUUAUUUAGUGGUUUAUUACUCUUAUAUUAUCAAGAUUUAGUGUAAUAUUACAAGUGACAGUGCACGAGUUUCGAAGAAUCUGCGAUGGGUCGCAGAAAACAUCGGAGCAAAGGAAGCAAGUUACCACCGUUGAGAUCGUCGAAAUGUAACGUCGCUUGUGAGAAAUCAACGACUUGCGAUGAAACGAAAGCGAAGGAAGAGAGAGAAAGAAGAGGAACAACAGAGAAAACUAUAACACCCGAUGUUAUGCGUUACCAGAAAGAAAGGACAGACUGUUUUCACCAAACGAAUGAUCCAAUCGGUGUACGUUCGCGAUUAAUGUAUCCUUUGGUUCAGCUGUCUUUGUUAAUCAACUCAUCGAUAUUAUCAGAGGAGAAUGAGAGCGUAGAGGACGAAUGCAUCGAAUUAAAGGUAAAGCCACGGUUCGUAUUCGUGUCUAGCCUUUGUAUGGUUUGCUCGAAGAAGUCUCAGUUAUUCUGUGAGCGUUGCCAAAUGGUGUCUUAUUGCUCGAUAAUGCAUCAAACCCAGGGACUGUCGCAGCAUCGUGAGUUGUGCGAAGCACUGACAGAGAUUCAUUCGUCCAUCGUCUUGACACUCUCUGAUGGUUCUGGCGUGCAAUUGGACGCGGACCAGUACCGUAUUUAUCGGUUAAAAUUGCUGGCGAUACUCGAGUCUGAGGUCAAAAGAUCGUUGGAUCUUUGGGAAAAAGAAAUCAUAUUAUAUCCUAGAGUUUGUCGAGUUUGUCGUCGAUUUAGCGAGAAACUGAUCUGCUGCGUGCACUGCGGAAUGGAAUUCUUUUGCGAGGAACAUGGUGACGAACAUAAAAAUUGGUGCGAAGAGUUCCGAGUUUAUCAAAGAAUUUUGCACCUCCAACACAAACACGGUUACGUUAAUCCGAAAAUUCCGAACGUGCAUCUGGAAAUGUUCGUCGCGCAGCCAGAAUUCGAUUUCGAUAAAUUAAUGCAUCGAAUUUACGGGAAUUCUUUAUAUUAUCGUCAAAUGGAUUGUUAUACGUACGCUUUAUUAUCGCAUCUGUGCACUAUCCCACUGACAGCCCUUUAUUCCAUGCAGAUUUCUUGCUCCGAAUGGCGAAAUAGAACCGAUUGGACUAUUCAUAUACUCGGCGCGGAAUUCCAAUUCGAAGGUAUACACUUAGACGUCUGGGAGAAAAUGUUUCUUCAUUUCUUACCGAACUUACAGAAGCUCCAUUUGAUACUGAUCGGACCAGAGUUACAAUUACCGAAAGACGUCCCACCUAGAUUUUUAUCCAUGGUUCAACUUUGUAAGAAAUGUAAAUCCGCUGGUCGAGCUGUUAUCGUUACGUUUAAACCGCAGAAGCUUUAUCACUGCUUGGUUCGCGACCCAUCGCAAGCUCUUGCUACUCCUGAUUUAAUUUGUCUCUACAAUCCUGGUCUCUAUCGGACGACUGGGUUUGCAGGAAAAGACACAUGGCUCGAAACGAUACGCGAGUUUUCCAAGACGUUAGCUCCAACCACCAUCACGUCUUACACUGCGCAAGAAAUGCUUUGGGAAAUAAAUCGAAUAAAUUCCGUCGCUGACGUCGAAGUUCUUUUACAACCGUGUAAAAAUCCAUUUGCGUCGGUCAAGCCAGACCGAAACUUCGUUAGCGAUAAUACUAACCCUCUUAUCUAUAAGAAUUACUACAUUACCAUUGUCAAAGGGAAAUCGAUUGUACUCUAGUCCUCUGUAUCGCACACGCGGAUAAAGUAUACACGCGCGCCUUUAUACGCUCUUAUCGUUAGAUUUACUAUGUAUCAACUGCAAAGUGUAUGCUUUUACGGCUUGAAAACUCGUCAAGUAUACACGAGUUUGAGAAAUUCCCAACUAGAUAGGAGCAGACAAUUGGCAGGACAUUAUUUUUCAUUCGGAAGUAGGUAAAAAAUGUAGAGUAAGAGAGUUUUCCGCUUUGAAGAAAAUAAAGUUGGAACUUGUAUAAUCAAGAAUUAGUCUGAUAGUACGUGCGUACUCGAUGAAUCGAAGGGCUCUUGACAAACUCGGCUCUAGCGUCUUUAUGCAUACUUAUAUGUACGUUUUUUUACCGUUUUAAUAAAUCAUCCUCACGAGACGAUUUCUCCUGUCUCCGUGUAUUUUUGUAUUCCUGAUUUCCACAUGUUCAACGUCGAUUCGCAUACUUUUUCCGAUAUCAGAAUAAUCGAACAAUAAGUUGAUGUAUCUGAGGUACCAGGACUGUGCUCUCGUUCCUCUUGCAUUUCAGGAUUUACGUUUAAUUACGUAGACGAAUUAGUCGAUUGAAAUGUGUGUCAGGGGCAUCGUAGAUUCUUUUCAGAAAGAUCGAAGGGGGAUCGGAGUGGAAUGGAGGAGGAAUCGACCAAGACGGACGAACGUUCUCGCCGAAGAUCGAGUAAAUGAAAACAUAUACGUGGCAUUGAGCGCAAAAGCGAGCUAAGCUACUUCUUCUCUAAAUGCGAGUUUACAACGUUGUUUUAUUCGCUUCUGUUCUCAAUGUUUCGUAUCGUCGUACAUCGGAAACGGUUUUCCGUUCGAUUUUUUUUCCUUUGGUCAACUGUAAGUGAACCGCAUAUUUUUCAAAAACGAGUACAAUUAUAGUUAUGGUUACGAUUAUCAGCUAAUUUGCGUAUAUAUCACAGAUGAAACUGCAUUAAUUAAAUAACUUAGGUUCUCUGACACGCGCUUACAAGGGCGUUAAGGCCCGUUUCAGACGCGUUCGUUAGUUUGGUAGAACGAUUUUGUCGAGAAGAUCCGUUUUAUUAGAUUUUAUUGCCAUAAUACUAUGGAUACGUUUGAAAUACACGUACGUUCGAAACGGAUCUUUCUACAUCCAUUAGAAGAUCGACCAAAUCGUUUCACUAAAUUACUCGACUACACUUUCGUCCACACACGGUAAGUUACUAAAAUUACUCGCCACUCGACUAAACCAUUGAAACGUCUUACUAAACUACUCGACUAAAUUAUUAGUCGCGUCUGAACGAGCCUUUACAUUACGCACGCAUACAUGUACGCAAGUAUAUAAAUAUACUAUAGUAAGUUGAGCCAGACAUUGAAAUACAAUAUGAAUCGUGAAAAUUAUAUACAAAGGACAAUUCGUAUUGUUGAUCACUGUAUUCUAGAUCAAACGUACCAGUAGUUAUUUGCGAAUAUAUUUGCCGCUUAUGCGUAUGUGUACAUUACCGCUCAUAAGCGUUCGAAACAACGCUUUAGUUGAUUUACAGUUUAUAAAAAUCCUUCUUAUCUCAUCUGUGUUUCAGAGACGGUAAAACCAAUUUUAUCGUGUUGUAAA